AUGUCUGAUGAUAUCCCCAAUCCUGAUAACAAUGAGACUACUUUAAAGCCAAAAUCAAAGAAAUAUCGAAAAGAUAAACCAUGGGAUAAUGAAGAUAUAGAUCAUUGGAAAAUAGACCCAUUUACUCAUGAAGACAAUUCGCAUCCUUUCACGGAAGAAUCGUCGUUUGCAACUUUGUUCCCCAAAUAUAGGGAGAACUACCUGAAAGAGGUGUGGCAACACGUUACUAAAGCUUUGGAGAAAGUGGGCAUAAAAUGUCUACUGGACCUGAUUGAAGGCAGUAUGACCGUGAAGACUACAAGGAAAACAUUCGAUCCUUAUAUAAUACUUAAAGCACGCGACCUUAUAAAAUUGUUGGCUAGGAGCGUUCCGUUCCCUCAGGCGGUCAAAAUUCUUGAUGACGGCGUAGCGUGCGACAUAAUAAAAAUUGGCAAUCUCAUAAGGAAUAAAGAGCGCUUUGUAAAACGAAGGCAGAGGUUAAUUGGACCAAAUGGCUCAACGCUUAAGGCAGUAGAGCUAUUGACUCAGUGUUACGUCAUGGUUCAGGGAAAUACGGUGUCUGCUAUGGGACCGUAUAAGGGUUUAAAGGAAGUAAGAAAGAUUGUGACCGACUGCAUGAAAAAUAUUCAUCCCAUCUAUCACAUAAAGACCCCAAGCAAGAUUGAUCUGCAAUUGGAAUCUGGAGAGUAUUUUCUCAAUCCUGAAGAGAAAGUUUCGCGAGAGAUGGAAAAGAAAAAGGAAAAACAAAGGGAAAAUGUGUUAAAACGACAAGCAGAAAGGGAAAAGGCAUUCGUUCCUCCGGUGGAAGAUUCCCGGAAGAAAAAAGUGAAA